AGUUGACGCCAACUUUCUCAGGUCCCACUUACCACACACUGUACAGUUCGACCAUAUUAUGUGAAAGAACAUUUUUCCUCCAUGAGAAGAUUCGUUUGCUUUUGUGAUUGAAAUUUUUUUUCGCACAUCCGUGGACUCUGCAGAGAAAAAACGCAUCAUGAACAUCGACGACCGGCGUGGUCUUUAUGGCAGCAAGGCCGAUCAUGCCCAGCAAGGCAAGAGCACCAUUGUUGGCGCAACGUCAGUACAACCUUUGACGAAAAUUCCCGCGGCUCAGGACGCGCACCCGACGAAUAAAUUCCAAAUAUCAGACGCCGACCUGAUCGCGAACCCGACGUGGCACAUUUUCUCCCCGACUUUAAAUCAAAGUUACGCUACGAGAAAUGCAGUAGAGGCCUAUCUUGCUGCGACGAACUACGAGGCUUUGGUGGAGGUUCCAGUUGAGAGCGCUGCAGUGGCGCCGCAAUUAUCGCGAUUCGCCUCGUUCAGCCCGGCGUCUCGAUGGUGCGACGCAGAGGUUGUCCAAGAUGAACCAGGGAGCAGUGCCAGUGCUGGCAAGGCUUCGUCUAGAGCCAGGGAUUUGGACGGCCUUUUGCAACCGCACGUGUCCCACGUCGUCUGGCUACCGCUGCGUGUGCCCGGCUACAUUGGGUCUGGCGGCUACAACACGGCCCGUUAUUUUGCGGUCAAUUUGUUGAAAGUUGUGCACGAGCAUUCUAGUGGUAGUGCGGAAAUCCACAAAGACGGAACAAAAACCAGCUCUGACCUCGAACGGGGCGCUGAAAAAAUGGAGACCUGUUCUCGGGACGCCUUCAUCGCCGAGCUGCUUUCCGGCAAAUUUCCGUCGAUGCUCCUGGGGAAGGAUUUUUGGGGACCUCGGAAGAAUGGCGCAGAUGGCCCUCGUGGGAAGCUACCGUCGAAACAGCAAGGAAAAAGUAGAGAGCGCAGUGUGAGGCGAGACGAAGCAAAAAUUGCAGCAUCCACUUUACGGGGAGACACUGGCACAGCCACGGUCCCGCAGGGCUUGCCGUCCGUCUCCACGAAAAACAACGAGAAGGGCAAAUCCCUACCGGUGUUACUUCUGGGGCAAGAGGAAAAAAUGAAGACUCUCUGCGUUGUCGACAACACGACGGACGAAAAAGACGACGAAGUCAGCCUUUCCUGCAUCGAAAUCGACGGGCCGAGCGGACUAUCCUCUGCAAAAGUAUCGUACUCGUAGUAAUUGCAGUUAUGCAUUACAAAUCUUUUUCCUACGGUCAAUCAGCAUUACAAAUUCCAUUUCUCAUGCUGAGGAAAUUUGUAAUGCAAUUCAUACUAGUAUUAAGCACGUUGCUUUUGCAAUGCAUACGGACCACAUAUCUUGCCCGGGGUUGGUGGGACGUAUCGCUGGAAGCCGAGGCCGCCGGAUUACGAGGUGGGAGAGGAGAUUGUCAUGGAUGUGGAUAGUACCAGUGGAGAUAGUGGCGAGCAGAACGGUGACCAUUCUGCGGAUGAGAAUAUGGAGGGUCGCGAAGAUGGCGGCGAUAACACGUCAGAUGACGACCACUCCGAAGACGGUUCUGAAGGAGAGAACACAACCGACGUCCACGUUCUCGAAACCGUGUCACGCCGGCGGCCCCUCCCACCCUUCGCGUUGCUGCUAGUUGGAGAUUUGCACCCGUUUUCCACUGUGAACACGCGGAAUACAAAGUCCUGGGACGUGCUGUACACGUUCGAAGCGACGACGUCCGACAAGAACUCCGUAGUGGGCAGCGGGACGAACAAGAAAUCUACUACCGAACCUGCUGUUGCAGUUGCAGACCUGGCAAAGAAACUGGCCGCGGUGGGGCUGCAUGAUCAAGGCAGCUGCACGGAGAAAAAUUGUGCACAAAAAUCUACUCCUGCUUUGUUACAACUGCAUGUGACCACCAAAAAGCCACCACCACUUCCUGAAAACGCGACUUCACGCCAAUUAGUGUUUGAUUCCCUAGAACGCGGGAUCUGCCUACUGGGUUUCAAUUGUCGAAAGGAGCGUCCCCCGAGGAAGAAACACGCCCUCUGUGCGACGAUGUCGAUUUUGUUGCCGAAGUGGGCGGAGGAGGAGCGGGCUAGUUCCGUCGAGGAGGUGAUUGGGGACAAAGUCAAGCUUUUUUGGUUCUUCGAUGUGUGUUUUGGCAAGUGGCGGAACGUUCCCUGGGGGGAUAUUUGUGAAUUGUGGUUGAAGAAGGCGGUGGUGGUGGAUGAGAGCAAAAUGCAGUUGGCAAGUUCAAAUUGUGCACCUUUUGAUACUGGACGAGGACGCACACGCACUGCAGAAGCCGAAGCUGUGCCACCGCCUGAUGAUGCGAACAAACCGAAGAAGGCGUUUAAAGUGCCCGGGAAGUGGGCGAAGUAUCUGGAUGGUUUGUGAAAGUGCUAUUUCACUCACUCCUGUGAAGGACAGGCAAUUUCAAUGAAGUUGAAGAGCAAAAGAUGACUCUCGUCAGGUGAAACAGAACCAAAUGCCCCGCUGGCCACUGUAGCGCGGGCUACAGAUAAUUGCGCCUUCACGAUGAAAGAACAAAGAAACACAGUUUAUUCCCAUCGCUUGUUUCGACCUACUGGUACUAGACGCGGUUUCGCAUCCUCACCGAAGAACCGAGGGUCAGUUUCUCUAUUGUAUGAUAAACUUCUCAGCCUUGUUGUGCACCUGUAC